AUGGGUCAUCAGCUGGACUUCGUGGUGGCCGAGACGUACGGCAGGGAGAGCGAGAGCCUGCGCCAGGUGGUGCGCCUGUGGAACAGGAACGUGUCGGCCUACAUCGGUCCGCAGGAGACCUGCGUCCACGAGGGCAGACUGGCGGCCAGUCUCAACCUGCCCAUGAUCUCAUACUUUUGCACCAACUUCGAGACGUCGGACAAGAAACUGUUUCCGACGUUCGCGCGCACCCGACCGCCUGACACUCAGAUCUCCAAGUCGGUGUUGUCGCUGCUGCUGCGGUACAGCUGGAUGAAGGUCGCCUUCCUGUAUAAGGACUCGCCAGAGUCCGAGCUCGGCGCCAUCGGCGAGACAAUCGUCUCGGUGCUGCGGCGCGGCGGCGUGUCGCUCCGCCACGUGGUCACGUGGAACCAGACCUUCCACGUGGGGUACAUGGACAACCCGUUCACGGAUAUCCUGCGCCGCACCAAGGAUGACGUCAGGAUUUACGUGGUUCUCGGGGAGUACUACGAACACCGGGCCGUUCUUAUGACGCUGCAGGAGCAGAACUUACUUCAAACCGGGGAGUACUUUGUGGUCGGUGUGGACAUCCAGCGGUAUCAGAACGCCACCCCGCAGAAGUACCUGCGCACGCUGUUCCGAGAGGAAAGCCCCACCGACCCGAGGGCAGAGCAAGCCUUCAAAUACUACGUUGGCGUGAUCGGGUCACCCACUAUCGGGUUCGAGGUGCUGACCAGGCUAGUCAACGACUUCAUGGAGCUGCCGCCCUUCAACUACACCAACAUCCUGCGGGAGUACGGCGGCAACAUGAAGAUCCGGUCGGAGGCGGCCUACCUGUACGACGCCGUGCACCUGUACGCGUGGUCGCUGAACGAGACGCUGAAGAUGGGCGGCGACCCCCGUAAUGGCACGGCCGUCAUUGCGCGGCUGCUGGGCAGGUCCUACUUCAGCGCCAUGGGAUACAUGGUGUACAUGGACGCGCACGGCGACACGGAGGGCAACUACACGCUGAUCCAGCGGCGCCGGGUGGGCGGCGCCGUUGGCCUGCACCCGGCCGGCGUCUUCCAGCUCAGAGGCAACGGGACUGACCUGCCGGAGCUGGUGAUCGGGACUCCGAUCCGCUGGCCGCACGGCCAGCCGCCCAUCGACGAGCCGCCGUGCGGCUUCCGGGGCGAGUACUGCAUCUCCUACACCACAGAGAUCGCCUCGGGGAUAGUGGGUGGCAUCGUGCUGGUGCUGAUCAUCAUCGGACUCGUCUUCUACCGGAACUGGCAGUACGAGCAGGAGCUGGACAGCUUGCUGUGGAAGAUCGACUACAAGGAGAUCCAGAUGAGCGACGGAAUGUCAGACACUAAGCCGCUGCUUGGUGACAGCUUCUCCUCCAAGAUGGUGCUCCGCUCAUCCCAGGUGAGCCUCAGCUCCAACUGCGAGAUGGACUUCCGCUACUCGGCGCUGUACACCACGGUGGGCAUAUACAAGGGCCGCAUGGUGGCCAUCAAGGACAUCAAGCGGAAGACGAUCGACAUCACCCGGCGCAUGAAGAAGGAGCUCAAGAAGAUGCGCGACCUGCGGCACGACAACCUCAACCCGUUCGUGGGCGCGUGCGUUGACCCGCCGCACCUUUGCACAGUCUCCGACUACUGCACACGCGGCAGUCUCAGGGACAUUUUGGAGAACUCAAAUGUGAAGCUCGACAACAUGUUCAUAGCGUCCAUGGUGUUCGACAUAGUCAGGGGCAUGGGUUUCCUACAUGACUCGCCCAUCCGCGUCCACGGCAACCUCAAGACCACCAACUGCCUGGUGGACAGCCGGUGGGUGGUCAAGGUGGCCGACUUUGGCCUCGGGGAGAUCAUGAACAGGGCGGAGGAGCACCUGGAAACGGAGAAGGAUGUGCGGCAAAAGUGUGAAGACCUGCUGUUCAAGGCGCCGGAAGUGCUGCGCUCCAGCGGUGUGGAGACGGGCUCGCAGCGGGCUGACGUGUACAGCUUCGCCAUGGUGCUGUACGAGAUCCAUAGCCGCAGUCCGCCCUUCAGCGGCAUGGGGCUUGGCCCGCUGGAGCUGCUGCAGAGCGUCAUCAAGCGCAGCAGCAACAACAACCCCGUCUUCAGGCCUCCAAUCCACAUGCUGGAGACCUGCUUCGACUGCGUGCGGAUCGUGCUCAGCGAAUGUUGGGCGGAGGAGCCUGAGAACCGACCCGACUUCAAGUCCAUACGGAACAAGCUCAGGCCAAUGCGGAAAGGAAUGAAGCCACACAUUUUCGACAACAUGAUCUCGAUGAUGGAGAAGUACACCAACAACCUGGAGGUGCUGGUGGACGAGCGCACCAACCAGCUCAUUGUUGAGAAGAAGAAAACGGAGGCGCUGCUGCACGAGAUGCUGCCGCGGUACGUGGCUGACCAGCUGAAGCGAGGCAACAGCGUGCAGGCAGAGAGCUUCGACAGCGUCACUAUCUACUUCAGCGACAUCGUGGGCUUCACGUCCAUGUCGGCGGAGAGCACGCCUCUUCAGGUGGUGGAUUUCUUGAAUGAUCUCUACACGUGUUUCGAUUCCAUCAUCGAUAACUACGACGUGUACAAAGUGGAAACCAUCGGUGAUGCCUACAUGGUGGUGAGCGGUCUGCCGGUGCGGAACGGUCUGCAGCACGCGGGCGAGGUGGCCUCGAUGUCGCUCCACUUGCUGGAGGCCAUCCGACGCUUCACCAUCCGGCACCGGCCGCAGGACACGCUCAUGCUCAGGAUCGGCAUACACACCGGUCCAGUGUGCGCCGGAGUGGUGGGCAGGAAAAUGCCACGUUACUGUCUGUAUGGCGACACCGUCAACACGGCCUCCAGAAUGGAGUCCACCGGAGCACCGCUUCGAAUCCACUGCAGCGCCUCGUGUCGAGCUGUGCUGAUGCGCCUCGGGGGAUACCAGCUGGAGGAGCGGGGGAAGACCCACCUGAAAGGAAAGGGUGACGUCACCACCUUCUGGCUGGUGGGCGAGGAUGAGCGGCGGCAGGCCCGCCGACUGCAGAACAGUACAAAGCUGCGCGCGCAGAAGCAAAUCCGAGUGCUGCGCUCCCGCGGCGGCAUGGAGCGGACACACAGCCUCGAGUCGACUCGGCGGCUGCGGUUCGAGCUGGACCAGCACAGCGAGCGGCGUCACGUGGCGCGCGCCACGCUCGACACCAGGUGCGCGUGCGACGCAGCCAAGCGGCGCUCCUGUCCGUGCAUCCACGAGCUGGACGACGACCACGAGUCGACGUCACCAGGGGGCGGCGGCGGGUCAAGUGGCGACCUUGAGACGACCUUGGGCGGGAACACUGAUUGGCUGACGGUGGUAGUGGCGGAUGACGCGUCGCGCUCUGAUUCGGCGCUGUAUAGCGUGGUGCGCGCGCGACCCGAGGUCGAGAACGUGGCAUCGGACUUCACGGAGAGCGAGCCGCUGCUGGCGACGGCGGCCGACAAGCACGAGACGCAGAUAUAGUGACGCCCGCGGGUUCGAUCCUCGUGCGGGGCGUAAGUGUUUCGGGAGCAAUUUCCGAAGUAAGCACACUCGUUGGAGUCCACAUGCCGGUCAGGUCGGCAACAAUCAGCUUAUCAGACAGGGAAUAAGAAUGAACUGGUACCGAGCUAACUUUUGGCUGUUUUACCCCACAUAUCGACUGGCUUGGAGCGGUCUCUCAAUUGUAUGUGGCUUUCAUGCGGUGAAGUCGCAUACUUUGCAUAUAUGUCGACUCGCCAAGGCCACUGUGGAACACACGCUAUGCGUUCAGCUAUCUGACAUAUUUCUCACAUUAGCAUGGAAACGUUCAUGCAUGAAAUCAUUGGAGGCGCAUAUUUGUUUGUAUCGUUUUAGCCAUAAGUGUAGUGGAGCUGUCCGUAUAAAUACCGCACGUCAUGCAUCAUCCAAUCUCUCAUCUGUAACACAACAUGCCACGUACGUACUGAAUGUAUAGACGUUGUCCAUGCACAGACAAUCAUGUUACCGGCGGACAGUGAGUCGUAACCGCGUCGUCACGUGAAAGCUGCUUGCGGGAACGCACCGUGUGCUUCCGCCGACCGUCGCGUGAUGGCGCCACGUGACAACCCGCCGCGCGUUGGGCGCCACCCGCGGUGCCCGCCCUGCGGACGCGGCUCGCGCUGGGGCCGUCUCGCCGGCGCGUGGCGUCCAAACGCCGGCGAAGACAGGUGUUGACUGUGACGUUGCCGGGGUGUUCGGCGGCUGCUGUAUAUGGUAGACAAUAUUUUCGACUGUGAAAUACAUG